UCCCUACACACACAGUGGAGUGCGAAGACCUCUGAGCCGAAAGUGACGAACCAAUGAAAACCCACAGAGCAAACGCAACAACAACAACAACAUCAAACAACAACACAAUGAAAACCAAAAGCAAACUACUUUCCUCUUCUGUCUUCCUCCUCACCUAGGGUUUUCCUCCUUUUCUAAAAUAUACUUUCCAAAUUCCCAUUUCCCAUUUCCCAUUUCUCUGCUUCCUAAAACAAAAAUAAAAAGAGGGUACAAAUGGGUUUGAUUUGAGCUCAUGUCUUUUGCUCUGUUUGUUUGUUUGGUUUGGUUUUAGUGAAACCUAUAUUAUCAAAAUGUUUCAGCUGUUAGCAGAGGAAUCUUCUUGGACCAUGAGGAUUGCUGAAACCGUGUCGUUUUGGCUGGUUCUUAAGCCGUAGAGUGUGAGAUCGGCAAAAGGAAUAUUUUCAGUUUCAGAGUAAAAGCUUGGAUCUUUUUCUGGGGUGGAGCUUAGAGAGAGAGAGAUACCGAGUUGGUGCUUUUGUGACUCGUUUCAAGGAUUUAGCUGAGUUGGAUCGGUAAAACUACGAGCCUUGAAUCAAGGCUAACAUAUAUAAACAUAUCUUCUUUUCUUUUCUUUUUUUCCUUUCUGGGUCUUUGUUUUUGUUUUUGUUUUUGGAAACAAAGUUUGGUAAAAGGGAAUAGUUGCUUCGAAUGUUUUCCUGAGAGUUCUGUGGGGUUUUUAAGCUCUGAUCUCGAUAGAUUUCAUGUUGUCUUGUGUUUGGGGCUGUCUCCUAUUGAGAAAACAAGGAUAAACUACUACGUUCUUGUUAAGGAUUUUGGCGUCUCGGUUUUAUCUAUAUCCUUGCAUUUCUCAAUCUCUGUAUUCUAAGCAAAAUUACAUAUAUUUAUAUGUAUAUAGUUUGAAGACCCGGACACAAGAUUUGAAAGUGCAUUACUUUGCUUGAGACUUCAAUUUAUGUCCCUUUUUGUUGGUCUCUGAAGCUCUAGUAAGUGUUUGGAGUUUGUCACUUAGCAAGAGGAGCUACUUAUAUUUUGUAUAGCUUUUAGUUGUGGCCAAGUGCUUGGGAUUGUAGUGCAGGAAGUAAAGCUACUCGGGUUUUGUUUAGGUUUUUUGUGGGGUACUUGAAUUUUUAGUUUGUGGCUGUGUUUUUGGGUUUGAAGCUCUAGAAGGUGUUUGAGAUUGUGCACUAGGAAGAGAAUCUAAUUGGGUUGGUUUAGUUUUCAUUGAGGAAGUUGAGCUUGAAGUGAUUGGAGAUGGCAAUGUCCUGCAAGGAUGGUAAGCAGAGUGCGAUUGACAAUGGCAAGUAUGUCCGAUACACACCUGAGCAGGUUGAAGCCCUCGAGAGGCUCUAUCAUGAGUGCCCAAAGCCAAGUUCGAUUCGGCGUCAGCAGCUUAUUCGUGAGUGUCCAAUUCUCUCCAACAUCGAGCCGAAACAGAUCAAGGUCUGGUUCCAGAACAGAAGAUGCAGAGAAAAACAGAGGAAAGAGGCUUCGCGGCUUCAAGCUGUGAAUAGGAAGCUGACAGCCAUGAACAAACUUUUGAUGGAGGAGAAUGAUAGGUUGCAGAAGCAAGUAUCACAGCUGGUGUAUGAGAAUGGUUACUUCCGCCAGCAUACCCAGAAUACAACUCUUGCAACCAAAGACACAAGUUGUGAAUCGGUGGUGACUAGUGGUCAACACCAUUUGACACCUCAGCAUCCGCCAAGGGAUGCUAGUCCUGCAGGGCUUUUGUCCAUUGCAGAAGAGACUUUAGCAGAGUUUCUUUCAAAGGCCACUGGAACUGCCGUGGAGUGGGUCCAAAUGCCUGGAAUGAAGCCUGGUCCGGAUUCCAUUGGAAUCGUUGCUAUUUCUCAUGGUUGCACUGGCGUGGCAGCACGAGCCUGUGGCCUAGUGGGUCUAGAACCUACAAGGGUUGCAGAAAUCCUCAAAGAUCGGCCGUCGUGGUUCCGCGAUUGCCGAGCUGUGGAUGUUCUGAAUGUGCUGCCCACUGCAAACGGUGGAACCAUUGAGCUGCUUUACAUGCAGCUCUAUGCUCCAACUACAUUGGCGCCUGCUCGCGACUUUUGGUUGUUGCGCUAUACUUCUGUUUUAGAAGAUGGCAGCCUUGUGGUCUGUGAGAGGUCACUUAAAAAUACUCAAAAUGGUCCAAGCAUGCCACCAGUGCAGCAUUUUGUGAGAGCAGAAAUGCUGCCUAGUGGGUAUCUCAUACGGCCCUGCGAGGGGGGUGGUUCAAUCAUACACAUUGUUGAUCAUAUGGAUUUGGAGCCAUGGAGCGUGCCAGAAGUAUUACGCCCACUGUAUGAAUCAUCAACUGUUCUUGCACAAAAGACGACUAUGACGGCUCUACGCCAGCUGAGGCAGAUAGCUCAUGAGGUUUCUCAGUCAACCGUGACAGGCUGGGGCAGACGACCUGCAGCUCUUCGAGCUCUGAGCCAGAGGCUGAGCAGGGGUUUUAACGAGGCACUUAAUGGCUUUACUGAUGAGGGGUGGUCAAUGAUGGGAAAUGAUGGCAUGGAUGAUGUUACUAUUCUCGUGAACUCUUCUCCUGACAAGCUAAUGGGUUUAAAUCUUCCUUUUGCCACUGGAUUUCCAGCUGUCAGCAAUGCUGUCCUAUGUGCAAAAGCAUCAAUGCUAUUACAGAAUGUCCCUCCUGCAAUUCUUCUUAGAUUCCUUAGGGAGCACAGGUCAGAAUGGGCAGACAACAAUAUUGAUGCUUACUCAGCUGCAGCUGUUAAAAUUGGUCCCUGUAGCUUACCAGGGUCACGAGUUGGAAGUUUUGGGGGUCAAGUUAUACUUCCACUGGCUCACACUAUGGAGCAUGAAGAGUUCUUGGAAGUCAUUAAAUUGGAAGGUGUGGGCCAUUCUCCUGAAGAUGCAAUAAUGCCUAGAGAAAUGUUUCUGUUGCAACUCUGUAGUGGAAUGGAUGAGAAUGCUGUCGGAACUUGUGCGGAACUUAUCUUUGCUCCAAUUGAUGCUUCUUUUGCUGAUGAUGCACCUCUUCUUCCUUCUGGUUUUCGCAUAAUUCCUCUAGACUCUGGGAAGGAAGCCUCUAGUCCAAACCGCACACUGGACCUUGCGUCUGCUCUUGAGAUUGGGCCGGCUGGUAAUAAAGCGUCUAAUGAUUAUUCUGCUAAUUCUGGUUGUGUGAGAUCCGUGAUGACAAUAGCAUUUGAGUUUGCUUUUGAGAGCCACAUGCAAGAACAUGUAGCAUCCAUGGCUCGGCAAUAUGUCCGAAGUAUUAUAUCAUCAGUUCAGAGGGUGGCAUUAGCACUAUCUCCUUCUCAUUUAAGUUCACAUGCUGGUCUUCGGACACCACUGGGUACUCCUGAAGCUCAGACACUUGCUCGUUGGAUCUGCCAGAGUUACAGAUGCUACAUGAGUGUAGAGCUACUCAAAUCUGGCAAUGAAGGGAGUGAAUCCAUCCUCAAAACCCUCUGGCAUCACUCAGAUGCAAUAAUGUGUUGCUCUUUGAAGGCAUUACCAGUUUUCACAUUUGCAAACCAGGCAGGGCUUGACAUGCUAGAGACCACCUUGGUUGCUCUGCAAGACAUAACUCUGGAAAAGAUAUUUGACGAUCAUGGCCGAAAAACUCUCUGCUCAGAGUUCCCACAAAUAAUGCAGCAGGGCUUUGCUUGUCUCCAGGGUGGUAUCUGUCUCUCAAGCAUGGGCCGACCAGUCUCAUAUGAGAGAGCAGUGGCUUGGAAGGUUCUGAAUGAAGAAGAGAAUGCUCAUUGCAUCUGCUUUAUGUUUGUGAACUGGUCUUUUGUAUGAAAUGGGAUCAGUGAGUAUUCAAAUGCAUUAUAGAACUCCAGAAAACCCCUUGUGUUAUAUUGGCUUGUUAGUCUUUUUGCUGCAAAACCUUGUUUCUGAAUGAAGACCUUAUGUGUUAGCCUUCCUUUUGUUGUAAUUGUAAACUUAAACUAAUACUAGUACCUUGGUAUGUCAUGCUUUAAUCAGUUUAUUGAUGCUAA